AUGCCCCGGCGCGUGUCAGCCAGCGACACGCCAUGCAGGCACUGCGCUGCCACGGGGAGGAGCGAGCAGGAGGAGGGCAGCCCUAAGUCAGAAAUGGCAUAUGAUAUGGGCCAGCUUGUUUCCCUGUGGCUUGUUCGAGGCCAAGAGCGGGAGGUGGUGGCGGAGUGCGCCCUGCAGCUGCGCAGGAUAGGCGACAAGUGGCCCCUGCGGCAGAAGAUCCUGAACCUCCUCACGAAGCUAUUCUGCCCGGAAACAAUGAUGAAGCCGCUGCAGCACGUCCAGUGGAUUGUGAUGCAUUAUGGCUAUCUCACUGAAGGCUUAUUACCCUUGGCUGGCUUCAGAGGAGCUGAAUUAAGCACGCUGAUCGCCAUCAAGGCAAACUAA